CUUCACGGAGCCAGUCUACACUUAGUGAUGUCAUUCUCACGUGAGAGCCACUCUGAGGCGUUCGACCCAAUCUGCGAACCUCCGUAGUAAUCUUCAAUCGUGUCGUCUGCCAACGAAUAUCAAUUGCCCAACACACAGUUUCAACAUGUUGCGACCACCUGUCUUGCGAUCUCUUACGCGGGGUACAUCGCGUAUUGGCGCCUUUGCCCCCUGCCGUAGCCUAGCGACAAAGGGCGCCUUCAGCAAACUGUCCUCGAAUCUCGACGUCAACCAGAUUCACAACAGACGCCGCGAGUAUGAGAGCAAUCGCACCGCAUUUCUUACCGCUGGAGCUGCUGCCGGAAUUCUAGCAUCUAUAUAUACAGCGUGGAAGUUGAAGCAGUCAAUUGACCUCGACAAAGAAAAGGCGAAACUUGCGGCAAAAUGCGACACUGAGAUCCCGACAGAGACAUUCAAGACAGAGGCGGGGGAGAAGCGCAAGCUUGUUGUUCAUGAUGACCAAGGAAAUGAGAUUGUUCCUACUGGAAACAGCGUUGUGAAGGCUUUCCCCAGGUUGCUGACACUAGAUGGAUCUGGCAAUGACAACGUCACGAGCAUUGCGGCGGCCGGCCAGGAUGAGUACACUCUGGUUGGCCUUGGUAUGCGUACAGUUACUUUCCUCGGCAUUCAAGUAUACCUUGUCGGCUGGUAUGUCGCUACACAAGACAUUGCCAAACUCCAGCAUUAUUUGGUUAAGAAGAUUAACCCUCUGGCGACAACUCUUAUCCCAUCAGAAAAAGACGAACUUCGCCAAAGACUAUUAGACCCCAAGGAAGGCGAGCAGCUAUGGGACGAGCUGCUCCAGGAAUCUGGCUGCCGUAGCGUCUUCCGCAUCUCGCCAGUGCGCGACACCGAUUUCCAUCACUUGCGCGAUGGCUUUGUACGAGCAAUUGCCGCACGUUCCAACCUGCAGAAGCAGGCAUACAACGACGAGGAUUUUGGUGAGGCCAUGAAAGACUUCAAGGGACUCUUUAGUCGUGGCAAGGUACCGAAGCAGAGAGAGAUGUUGCUUUGCCGUGAUGCGCGCGGCCAGCUCAAGGUUACAUACACUUCCGACACUGCCGUGGCUGGUGAGCCGCAGAGUCGACAGGCUCUUGGGCAGGUAGCAGACGAACGCCUGUCACGUCUGCUCUGGCUCAACUAUCUGGCUGGUAAGAAUGUUGCAUCUGAGCCUGCGCGCCAAAAUAUUAUCGAGGGUGUGAUGGAGUUCGUGGAGAGACCGGUAGGAACAGUUGCGACUCAGGUCGUCUAAAAGUGGCUAGGUUAGACAAGAGAAGGCUACAGCCUAUGUAUCACAAUGUAAUAUGCGAAUGACAACCCCAUUCAUAAUAAAUCACAUUAGAACUC